GGAACUCUCGCGAGAACACGUUCAUUUGUGAGGCGGUCUUUUUGCCGCUAGUGUCCCUGCCAGUGUAGUGACGUCAUCAACGCGCGCCGGAUGUUUUGGGUAGACAGUGGCUAAUCGUGUUUCCUCUCUUUUUUGUUCUCAGUCGGCUGGAGCUGAGAACCAACAAUACUUUAGCCAUGUCUGGAAGCUUCUACUUUGUAAUUGUGGGUCAUCAUGAUAAUCCAGUGUUUGAAAUGGAAUUUCUACCAGCUGGUAAAGUAGAAUCCAAGGAUGAUCAUCGUCAUCUCAAUCAGUUUAUAGCCCAUGCUGCCCUCGACCUGGUGGAUGAGAAUAUGUGGCUGUCUAAUAAUAUGUAUCUGAAGACCGUGGACAAGUUUAAUGAGUGGUUUGUCUCUGCUUUUGUCACUGCAGGACAUAUGAGAUUCAUAAUGCUUCAUGACGUAAGACAAGAAGAUGGAAUCAAAAAUUUCUUCAGUGAUGUCUAUGACCUGUAUAUAAAGUUUGCAAUGAAUCCAUUUUAUGAACCCAAUUCUCCAAUCCGAUCAACUGCAUUUGACAGAAAAGUCCAGUUUCUUGGAAAGAAGCAUCUUUUGAGUUGAAAUGCUGUAUCCAUAGUGUAUUAUUUAACAUAUGGCCUAUUGUAUAUUUGACUCCUUCUGAAUCUGAGAACCAAUCUUCUGCCUAAAGACUCAAUCUGUCCGAGUAGUGCUUCAAUACAAGAAGAAAUGCUAAAAAAAAUAUUAAGGACUCUGUCCAGCACUUACCAUCUCCAAAGGGAUCAAUCAUUUCAGUUGUAAAACAUAUGUAUAUAUCAAAAUAAAAAUUUUCUAAAUACAA